AUGUACACAACCUCAUUCGCCUUCUUCGAGGCCCUCUGGGAGGCCGGCAUCAGCCAUGUCUUUGUCAACCUGGGGUCUGAUCACCCCAGCAUCAUCGAGGCCAUGGUCAAGGGCCAGCGCGAGAAGAAGGCCAACUUCCCUCGCAUCAUCACCUGUCCCAAUGAGAUGGUGGCCAUGUCCAUGGCAGACGGCUACGCCCGCCUGACCAACAAGCCACAAGCCGUCAUCGUGCACGUCGACGUCGGCACGCAGGGCCUAGGCGCGGCGGUGCACAACGCCAGCACGGGCCGCGCGCCCAUCCUGCUGUUCGCCGGCCUGUCGCCCUACACCAUCGAGGGCGAGAUGCGCGGCUCCCGCACCGAGUACAUCCACUGGGUGCAGGACGUGCCGGACCAGAAGGCCAUCGUGGCGCAGUACUGCCGCUACGCCGGCGAGCUCAAGACGGGCAAGAACGUCAAGCAGAUGGUCAACCGCGCGCUGCAGUUCGCGCGGUCGGCGCCGCAGGGCCCCGUCUACCUGUGCGGCGCGCGCGAGGUCAUGGAGGAGGACAUCGAGCCCUACAGCGUGGACCAGCGGUUCUGGGAGCCGGUGGAGCUGGGCGGGCUGCCGCCGCGGGGGGUCAGCGGCAUCGCCGAGGCGCUGGCGGGGGCCGAGCAGCCGCUGGUGAUCACGGGGUACGCGGGGCGCAACCACGCGUUCCCGGCGCGGCUGGUGGAGCUGGCGGACGCGGUGCCGGGCCUGCGCGUGCUCGACACGGGCGGCAGCGACAUGUGCUUCCCGGCGUCGCACCCGGGCUGGCUGGGCCUGCGGUUCGGGCGCGAGGAGUACAUCCAGUCGGCCGACGUGAUCCUGGUGCUGGACUGCGACGUGCCGUGGAUCCCGACGGGCUGCAAGCCGCGCGCCGACGCCAGGGUCUUCCACGUCGACUGCGACCCGCUGAAGCAGCUGAUGCCCGUCUUCUACAUCGACGCCCUGCAGCGCUACCGCGCCGACAGCCUCCUGUCGGUGGGCCAGAUCACGGACUACCUCAAGACUAAUGAGGGCACCAAGGCGCUGAUCUCGAGCGCAGAGGCCAGCGCGCGCGGCAAGGCGCUGAAGGAGAGCCACGCGCAGCGCCUGCGGGACAUCGAGGCCAGGACGAAGCCGGCGGACGACGGCGGGUUCGGCACGGGGUACCUGUGCCGCAGGCUGCGGGAGCUGUGCCCAGAGGACACGAUCUGGGCGAUCGAGGCGGUGACCAACACGGCGUUCGUGCACGACAACCUGCAGCCCGAGGCGCCGGGCUCGUGGAUCAACUGCGGCGGCGGCGGCCUCGGCUGGUCGGGCGGCGGCACGCUGGGCAUCAAGCUGGCGACGGACGCGGAGGGCGGCGGGCCCGGCAAGGGCAAGUUUGUGGUGCAGAUCGUCGGCGACGGGACGUUCCUGUUCAGCGUCCCUGGCUCAGUGUACUGGAUCGCACAGAGGUACGGGAUCCCGGUCCUGACUAUUGUGCUGAAUAACAAGGGAUGGAACGCGCCGCGCAAGUCCCUCCUUCUGGUGCACCCCAACGGCCUGGGCUCGACGGCGACCAACGAGGAGAUCAACAUCUCGUUCGACCCGGUGCCAGACUACUCGGGCAUCGCCAAGGCUGCCGCGGGCGGCAAGCUGCACGCGGCCAAGGUGGACAGCGCCAAGAACCUGGACGCCGUGCUGAAGGAGGCCAUCGAGAGUGUCCAGCAGGGCCAGCCGGCGGUGCUGGACGUCAAGGUGCUCAAGGACUGCUAG